AUUUAAACAAUAAACAAUGCUUAACCAUUUCCCAACGGCAAUGGAGCUUAGCGUUUUACUUUUCUUGUUAAAUGUUAAUAUAUUUUAACUUAAAAGGUUUACUGAAAAUUUUGUUAAUUUUUUUUUAUUUCCUGUUUAUGUAAUUGUUUCUUUAAUUCGUAUCAUAUAAACGGUUUUUGUUUCUAAAAUAUAACACUGAAAGAAAUUAAUUCGGUCACAAUUCUCAGUUGUUGUUCAAAUAUACGAAAUGGAAGUAGACGACUGUCCAUCGACAUCACAUGUCGAACCUAAUUCAUCGGACGAUGAUGAUGACCAUCAUGAAAACUUAUCUACUGAAGAAAUAUGUCUUAAGAUUAAGACAUUUCGUAAUUUAUGUUUUGGAAACAAAAUAAAUGUUUCUAACGCAUUUGACAUUGAUAUGAUUGGAUAUUUCUAUUCGUGGUUAGAAAAAAAGAAAAGCUCAAUUUUUGUAGAGAGUCAUGAUGUUACCUCGUUCCAAGAAAUAAGUGACUACCUAGAAGCUUCGGCAAAAGUUUAUUCUUAUCGUGUUGACAAUUUAACAGAAACAACUAGUAAAUUAGUUGAACAAUUUAAAAGCUUGAAUUAUAAUAAAAAAACGGCUAAAAUAGAUGAUAAUAAUGCGCCUAAAACUUAUAAAUCAAAGAGACAAAAAAUAAUGCUGACUACGUCUGAUAAAUUAAGACGUAGACCAAAUGAAAAUGAAAUUUCUAUUAAUCCAGUUUUAAUUAAUCAAAAGAUUUCUGGCUUUGAUUGUAAUGAAUUAUUUUCCACUAAUCGUCCAUCUCACCAUCUUAAGUCAUUGUACUUCAAUAAAUCCUUGACAGAAGAAAUGAAAACUACUAUUGAUGAAAAAAAAGAAUAUGAUGAAAAAAAACAUGACAAUGAAAAGAUAGAAGUUGAUAAAAGUUUUUUUCAAAUGAUGGAUAAAAUUUCCCAAGGAGCUAUCUGUCCUGAGUUCAAAGGUUUUGUAGCUAAACGUGACAUAGUUGACAAAAUUGACAAUUCAAACGAUCAUCAAUUGAAUGGAAUUGAAUAUCGCUUUGAUCCUAAUGAUUAUCAAAACAACCUUGAUGACUCUACGUGUAUUGAACCAGAUAAUAAUGAACUUGAUUCCAACCCUAAGGAUAAAGAUACAACAGUACUUGAUGGACUUUUGAAAUGUAUUGAUAAUGUUGAUAGAGACUAUAGCUUUUUUAAUCCUAAACUUCUUGCUAAUUGGAAAGGACCAAAAGCCUGGAAAACUCAAGCAAUGAUAAAAGCAUUGAAAUCUUGCACUCAAAAUGAACGAAAAGAAAUUAUUUCUAACACUGAUGAUAAUAUUGCUGAAAGCACACAGGAAAAUUUGAAACAACCUAAAUCUUGUAAAAAACGAAAUAAAGUUAAGAACGAUAAAGUUGUAAUAAAUUGGUUAGAUUUGAGUCAAGUAGAUGAAAUAUUAAAACCAAAAGUUGUAGGCAAGGAAAAAAUGCUACCUCGUACACUACAAAAGUGGGAUCCACUUCACAAUAUAUCUGAAACACAAUCAAUUAUUGUCAAUGUAAAUUAUAAGUUUCAAUUUUUACAAUAUUAUGAAAUUAAACCAGAUUGGUGGAUAAAUUACAAUGAUCAAGAAGAAGGCAAUUAUUCUGAAGAUUUAAAUUCCUAUCAGAAUAUCAAUGAUUGUAAUGAAAGUAUUGCAGAACCAUCAGAACCCAUGGAAAUUGAUUGUGAAGACUCUGAACUGUUAAAAAAUAAAAAUGAUGACGAAUUGGCUCCCUUCGAUGUAUCUAAAGAGUUGACCUCUAAUGAUGAUAUUAUAGCUGACAUUAAAACUGAAUCAAGAAUGGAUAUUGCAGAAUUAAAAAAAGAAAUAUCUAACAUCAUCGAUGAAGAAUGUGUAGAAACUGGCCACAAUAAUGAAUGGAGUUCAAAACUAUCGUUUUUAAACUUGUUGAUAAAAUUACGAAUUAAUGAACGAGAUGGACUUUCAAUACCUAUUGUAUAUGUCGGACUACUACAUUUAGCAAAUGAACGAGGUCUGAAAUUGUAUCAAGAACAUUGUACCAUAAAUGAUAUGGAAGAAACUUUUAUUGUCAAACCAAUGAAAACAAAUUAAACGUUAUUUAUAAUUAGAUUAAAACCAUUUCAUUAUUCUUAUUUUAUACUUGU